UGUCGUAUAUAAUGUCUUUGUGUAUAAGCCGUAGAGAACAUCGCGCCAUCGGCGCAAUCAAAACGGGUUUCCCAAGAUAGCCAACUGCAGAGUCUGUGGCAGCUGCGGCGUCGCGCGUCGGCGUCGGCGGGAUCUCAGUGAGAAUUUGCUCUGGCCUUGUGGCGCGAUUUCCGAGAAGCCGACGGCUCGACAGGACGUCUCAGAGGUGAAACCGAGUGAUAUAUCCGGAGAGCCCUCGCUUGCCACAUGGCCGCGGCGCCGGCGCGCAUGGAGCGCACGCGCUCUGAGGCGUCCGUCGGCUCGCCCCACUCCACCAGAUCCCCCCGCAAGGAGGAGGCGACCGACAACACAAAGGAUGUCGUCCCCUUCGACCGGCCCGACGCGGCGGCCGCGCGCUGGUAUCAACGAAGGCUCCCCCGGUUAGUGAUCGCGCCCGUCGCCGGCCGCGCGCGCCAGCAGCGGUUGAGGGUAGGGCGGUUGUCGCUGGACGUCCUCGCGGCGUCUAGACUACCGGUCGCCGACUUGGGCGGCACGACGCGGCUGGGGCCCGUGCUACGUGGCGUCGUGCAUGUUCGGCGCGUUCGAUAUCGCGCUCGCCAUGUCCGGCGCCGUGACGCUCGCGAUGAUCGGCAACCCGGACGAGUACGAACGCAUCGCGGGCCCGAUCUUCCAGAGCUACAAGUUCCAACUACGCAUCUUCUGCACAUCGUGCACCGUAUUAAUGGAGCUGGCGUGGCGCGGGCGGUACGACCUGUACAUCAACUUCAUGGACAACUCCAUCGAGCGCCUCACGACGGGCUGGCUCCGUCUCAGCGCCGCCGAUCUCGCUACUGUGAGGGACAUGCAGGGCACAGACACUGUCCUCGGCCUCUCGCUUGUUAGCUUUAACGCUAUUUAUGGAAAGCCUGCUUACAUUUUAGCCGCGCUCGCGAGGGCCAUGUCCCUGAACGGCGGGAUCAUCCCGAACCCGCUUAGCCCGCGGCGGCCGACGGGCGCGCGGCAAGCUCACGAACUGGGUAUGCGCGCGAUGUUGCGACAGCUUUCGAGGAACGGCGGCGCCCAUAGGAUUGAUGAGGAUGAUUGGUGGCGGAUUAUCAUCUGGUUAAGCCUCUUCGGUGGCCUCACGGCCGCUUUCUGCAUCGUCGGGCCGAUGCUCGCUCCGGACGACCCCUACACCAAGAUGGUGGACCGGGCGCGCUUGGAUGACGGCUUGCUGACGUUCGACGACCUGGAGGCGCGCCGAACGUUAACCUACGCCGUGCCCUACCGUCGCGAGGCGCGGAUCGGCGGCGCGCGCGGCUACGGUCGGCCCGGCGGCAUGCCGCGGACCGUCGCCCAGAUGAACGCCGCGGCCAUUCCCCUCGAGACGCUCGGCGGGAACAUCCCGCAGCUGGCGCACCCCGCCGACCCCCCGCGCGACGCCCACAUUGGUCCGCCGGAGCUCGGGGGCGUUGGCGUCGUCCGACGCCAGGAGAUUCGCGACGAGGCAGGCGUGGACCAGCCUCAAAACCCGGCGCAGCGCUAG